AUGUCGCUAACCGUGCGCAUCAACAAGUUCCAGUUGCCGAAGUCGAAGUCCAACCUGCUCGGCCGGGUGGAAUUCCGAGGUGUUGCCCACACAACCACCGAGCUCAACUGUGGCUCCGAGCUUAUCCAAGUAAAUCAGAGCUUUAUCUGGCCGCUGGCCCGGCCAGCAGAUGACACGGAAACGGUGACGGUCGAGCUGCGGCAACAGACCACAAAGAUACUGCUCAAAACCGGACUCGUCGGGUCGUCGUCGGCUGGCUCGUCGUCGAAUGGGUCCAACGGGCACCGCGGCACCAUCGCCAGUAGCACCAAGAUCGUCGGCCGGUUCGUGAUGCUGAUGCAGGGACUGAUCGCGGAGGGACGGCAGCGAAUCGAAGACCGGCUGGUGGACCUGUCGAACAAGCCGAUUGAGGCGUUCGUGAGCUUCGACGUGUGCUAUCAGAGCCCUGAGGACGAACUGGGGCACUUCGAUUCGACGCAGGUAGUGCACGGGCUGCACCACCACCACCAGCUGCAGCAGCACCAGAUGUCCAGCAUCGACGACGACCAGCAGAUGCUGCUGAGCGUCGAGCAGAACAUCGCGAACCUGGAGCGAAGCUUAACUCAGCAACAGCAGCCGGUACCACCGCCACAGUCUUCGUCGAAGCAGAAACAAUCGCAGGUGAGCGGCGAGCGCAAGACGGGCCUUAUCAAGCGGGUACUGUCGUCCGGAUCGGCGGGACUCGGAGAGCAACCGGCCGCUCCGAAAUCGUCCUCGGAUCACGCCUCGUCCGACAACGAGGCCAGUGGUGGCGGUGGUGGCGGCUCAGGCAAAACGCACAAGUCCUUGUCGGACCGGAAGGUGACGUUGCGUACCGUGCGAAACUUUAUACGCCUGGGCCGAUCGCGCCACUCGUCGCGCGAAAGCAACGCCAGUAGCACGGAGGACGAGAGCCGAUCACUGAUCGGUGACUCGGAGCAGCAGCGCCGGGACCGGGCACCGGACGGUGAGCCGUCGGGUAGCGCCCGCGAUGCGACCGCAGCAACCGUUGGUGGGGCUACCGGUGGCCCCCCUGGCGGAGAUCCUACGACGCCGACCGGCGGCGGCGGUGGCGGCGGUGAGUACGGCGAGAGUGGGUCGCACGCCGGCAGCAUCCAUUCGAACGCGUCCAGCGACGCCGAAGGCGGAAUGAACAACGAAAAGCUCAAAAAGAUCAAAUGUCUGGCCAAGGGUAACGACCACCUGAAGUCGCAGGACUUCCAGGUGUGUGUCACCGUCAUCGAGGCCCGCCAGCUGCCCGGGCUCAACAUGGACCCGGUCGUCUGCAUCCAGGUGGGCGACCAGAAAAAGUACACCAGCGUCAAGGAGAGCACCAACUGUCCGUACUAUAACGAGUACUUCGUGUUCGACUUCCAUAUGCCGCCGGUCAUGCUGUUCGACAAGAUCAUCACGCUCUCUGUUAUACACUCGCGCAAAUUCAUGCGCUCCGGGACGGUGGUGGGCUCGUUCAAAAUCGACCUCAAAACAGUUUACGACGCACCCGACCACCAGUUCUACCACAAGUGGGCCCUCCUGUCCGACCCGGAGGACUUUGCGGCGGGCCCGAAGGGCUACCUGAAGUGCGACGUCGGCAUCAUCGGCAAGGGGGACACGGUGAAGGUGCCACCGAAAUCCGAGAAGGACCCGGACGAUAUUGAAGCGAACCUGCUGCUUCCGGACGGGGUACCGAUCGAGCGGCAGCGGGCCAAGUUCAUCGUGAAGGUGUACCGGGCCGACGGAUUGCCCCGUAUGAACUCGUCCAUCAUGGCGAACGUGAAACGUGCGUUCACCGGCGAGGCGAAGGAUCUGGUCAACCCGUAUGUCCAGGUGUCGUUCGCCGGUCUCACGGGCAAAACGAACGUGAAGAAGGCAUCGUACAGCCCGGUCUGGAACGAACAGCUCGUCUUCACGGAGAUGUUUCCGCCGCUCUGUCAGCGGAUCAAGAUCCAGCUGCGGGACGCCGACCCGAUGAAACCGUCCAUCAUCGGCACGCACUACAUCGACCUGAAGCAGAUCUCGAACGACGGCGAGAAGGGUUUCCUGCCGACGUACGGGCCGUCCUUCGUGCACCUGUACGGUUCGACGCGCGACUACCACCUGCUCGACCAGCACUCGAACCUCAACACCGGGCUUGGCGAGGGCGUCAGUUACCGCGCCCGGCUACUGAUCGCCAUCCGCACCGAGAUCACCGACAACGUCGAGCUGUUCACUGACAAGAAUGUGGAGGUCGAGCCGACGCUCCCGAUCUGCGAGUCGUCGUACUGCAAGAGCGAUGUGUUUGCACUGUUCGCCACCGUGCUGGAGGCGUCCAUGUUGGAUCGGAAGGUGUGCGAUCGGUCGGUGUACUUCGAGCUGAGCAUCGGGAACGCCGGCAACUCGCUCGAUGGCCACAACGAGAGUGCCACGAGCAACAUGGACGACGAUGAUGAGCUGGUGUCGAUCGAUACGACCGCGUUCAACAGCACGACGAGCGCGUGCAAGCCGAUCUCGCACGACAAGAGCCACUACUACCUGCCGUACUGGGACUACAAGCCGUGCAUGGACGUGCGGUGCACGUUCCCGGACCUGCGGCGCCGGAUGUACAACAGCAACAUGAUCGGCAAGAUCGCCGACCGGAUGGAGGUGGGCCUGGCCGAGACGAACGUGCUGCUGGAGGACGAGGACCCGACGGCCGAGGUGCGGCUGCGGGCGGUGCUGGAGGAGGCGGCUUCCGCCUGCGCCCGGUACGUCACGAUCACGAAGGGUGCCCUGGUGGGCCCGGGCACCGGCAAGACCAAGCUGGACAAGGAGCGCAUCAAGCUGUGCCAGCGGGAGCUCGAGUCGAUCGGCAACAUGGCGCGGAACCUGCGGGCCCUCGUCACGCGCAGCUCGAUGCGGGAGCGGUACCGGACCGCGCACAGCUACCUCGGGCGGCUCAAGUUCCUGGUGGACGACCCGCAGCACGCACUGCCGGACGUGUUCGUGUGGCUGGUCGCGAACGGCAAGCGGGUCGCUUACCAUCGGCUCGGUGCCCGCGACCUCAUCUACUCGCCGCUCGAGGAGGAGACCGGCGUUGCGUGCGGCAAGGUGCAGACCGUCUUCCUGAAGCUCCCCGGCAAGCAGGCCGAGGGCCCGGCCGGGUGGCACGUGCGGGCCAAGCUCCACCUCUACCUGUGGCUCGGUACGCUCAAGCACAAGAAGUUCUUCUUCGCAGGCCUGCCGAAGGGCUACGAGAUGCUGCACGAGCUGCGCCAGGCGGAGAAACCGAACGUGCCGUGCCCGGGCACGAUCCAUUACGUCGAGAAGCACGCGUUCCAGCUGCGGGCGCACUUGUACCAGGCCCGCUCGCUGAUCGGAUCGGACGCUUCGGGGCUGAGCGAUCCGUAUGCGGUCGUCUACGUGACGGAGCACGCGAAGGUGACGCAGGUGAUCGAGGAAACGCUCAGCCCGACCUGGGACGAGCUGCUGCUGUUCGACGAGAUCGUGCUGUACGGUGCGAAGGACGAGAUCCGGCGUGACCCGCCGACCAUCGUCGUCGACAUCUACGACCAGGACAAGGUCGGCAAGUCGGAGUUUAUCGGGCGGGCGCUGGCGAAGCCACGCGUGAAGCUGCGCGAGAACCACUACAGCACGCCGGUCCUCGAGUGGUUCGAGAUUACGCGCGGUCUCGACGGUGCCGGCGAGCUGCUGGCCGCGUUCGAGAUGCUCGAGCUCGGCUCGGAUGACGUGCCGCGCCCGUCGGAUCCGAAGUUCGUGGCGCAUGUCGCUGGCCAAGGAUACCGGCCCGGGCUCGAGUCGGGGGCCCUGGGCGGCUCGGUGGGCUCGGCGGGCACCGUCGCGAUUCUGCCGGUGCCACGCGAGGUGCGCCCCAACCUGGCACGGUUCCGCAUCGAGGUGCUGUUCUGGGGGCUGCGCGACCUGAAGCGGGUCCACUUUAUGACGGUCGACAAACCGCGCAUCGACAUCGAGUGCUCGGGCAAGAUCCUAAGCAGCAGCAUCAUCCAGAACGCGAAGCGGAACCCCAACUUUGCCGCCAUGCUCAAGUGCUUCGACCUGGAGCUGCCGGUCGAGGAGCGGUACGCGCCGCCCAUCAUGAUCCGGGCCGUCGACUGCCGAUCGUUUGGCCGCUACACGCUCGUCGGUACGCACCAGAUCACCUCGAUCCACCGGUACAUGCACCGGGCCACAGCGGCCGGCGGUGCCACCCGGGACGACCCGAAGCGCUACAACCAGAACGGCCAGAUCGUGCUAAGCCGAAGCCGGCCGGAGGCGGCCGACGGAGGAGGGCAGCCAGCCAGUCAGUCGCUUCCGGCGGCCCCACUCUCGGAACUCGGCGGCUCGUGGUCGAACGAGAAUCUCACCCAGUACGGAGCAGUGUACGUGGGUGCCAAGGGGCUGCCCCGUGAUGGUGCGGGGAACCUGAAGGGUGUGAAGAAGGCGAAGAAAAAGCUGGAUCAGCAUCACCAGGAGGAGACACCCGAACCGGAGGACGACGACGAGUCGAGCAAGGACUGGUGGACGAAGUAUUUUCUCUCCUACGAGCGGCUCAUCGAGUCGUCGAAGAUGCUGUCCACCAGUUCGCGGCUACUCGGUGGCGGUGGCGGCGGUGGUGGCGGUGGCGGCACCGGUGUCGAUCCACAACUGGGCCCACCGGAGCUGGGUGAGUCGGGUGGUGGUAGUGGCGGUGGAGGAAUCGGCGUUGGACCUGCCGGUACCGAGGGUGGCUCGAAAAAGCUCGGCGUCAAGACGUCCAAACUGGUGUCGCGGUUGAGCCCGAAGGCGGCGGCACCCAAGAAGCUGAUGCCGGUUACGGCGGGCGGUUGUGGUGGGGCGGGCCGGGUCGCCACCUGUCAGGUGUACCCGGGCGAGCUGGAGGCGCUGCCCGAGUACCGAGAGUUCAAGGAGUGGCUGCUGUCGUUCCCGCUGUACCGCGGCAAGAAGACGGGCGACAGCACGGAGGACGAGACGCGCAUCGUGGGCUACUUCAAGGGGGCGCUCAAGGUGUACCGGCUGCCGAUCGAGAAGGGGUUGGAGCCCGCGUUCGCACCCACCCUGCCGCUCAACGAUCCGAUCCACGUGCUGGUGCGGGUGUACGUGGUGAAGGCGACCGACCUGCACCCGAUGGACCUGAACGGGAAGGCGGACCCGUACGUGGUGCUGCAGCUCGGCAGCAAGCGGAUCGCCGACAAGGAGAACUACGUCAGCAAGCAGCUCAACCCGGUGUUCGGCAAGUGCUUCGAGAUCGAGGCCACCUUCCCGCAGGACUCGAUGCUGACCGUGCAGAUCUACGACUGGGACCUGGUCGGCUCGGAUGACCUGAUCGGCGAGACGAAGAUUGACCUGGAGAACCGCUUCUACAGCAAGCACCGGGCGAUGUGCGGCAUCGCCACCCGCUACGAAGACUCCGGCUACAACAUAUGGCGCGACCCGAUGAAACCGACCCAGAUCCUGACCAAGCUGUGCAAGGAGAACAAACUAGAGCCCCCGCAGUACUUCCAGGAUCGCGUCACUGUCGGGCGGUGCUGCUUCAUGUUCACCGCCGACGAGAUCGCGACCUGGAGCAGCCCGGCCUCGAUGAAGUACCGGGACGAGCACCUGGCGCUCGCCGUGCUACACCGCUGGGAGGAGAUGCCCCGUGUCGGCUGUAAGAUUGUACCGGAGCACAUCGAGUCGCGCUCCCUGUACAACAGUGACAAGCCAGGCAUCGAGCAGGGUAAGCUAGAGAUGUGGGUGGACAUGUUCCCGAUGGACAUGCCGCUGCCCGGGCCACCGGUUGACAUCUCGCCCCGGAAGCCCAAGUCCUACGAGCUGCGCAUCAUCAUCUGGAACACGGACGACGUCGUGCUGGAGGAUGACGCGUUCUUCACCGGGGAAAAAAUGUCUGACAUCUACGUGAAAGGCUGGCUGAAGGGCCCGCAGGAUGUACAAGCGACCGACAUCCACUACCGCUCGCUAACCGGCGAGGGUAACUUCAACUGGCGCUUUAUCUUCCCAUUCGAGUACCUGGCCGCCGAGGAACGGAUCGUGCUGUCGCGCAAGGAGUCCCUCUUCAGCUGGGACGAGACGGAGGUGAAGAUGCCGGCCCGGCUGGAGCUGCAGGUUUGGGACGCGGAUCACUUUUCCGCGGACGACUUUCUUGGCGCGAUCUCGCUGAACCUGAACCGCUUCCCGCGGGGCGCCAAAUCGUCGAAGCUCUGCACGCUCGACAUGCUCCGCACCGACAACGUGCCCACGGUUAACAUUUUCAAGCAGAAGCGCAUCCGCGGCUGGUGGCCAUUUUUCAUCAAGAAGGAGAACGACGAGAUGGAGCUCACCGGCAAGGUGGAAGCGGAGAUUCACCUGCUCACGAAGGAGGAGGCCGAGAAGAACCCGGCUGGCUACGGGCGCAACGAGCCGGAUCCGCUGGAGAAACCCAACCGACCGGACGCCUCCUUUAUGUGGUUCCUCAAUCCGCUCAAGUCGGUGCGGUACAUCGUCUGGCACAACUACAAGUGGAAGAUCAUCAAGGGCAUCCUCGUGCUCGGGCUGGCCCUGCUGUUGUUGCUCUUUUUCUACGCCAUCCCGGGCUACUCGGUGAAGCGACUGCUCGGGGCGUAA